CCCGGUGCCCCGGCAGGUCUGCGAGGAGCAGAAGUGCGAGGAGGAGGUCUUCCCGCUGGCCAUGAACUACCUGGACCGCUUCCUGUCGCUGGAGCCCGUGAAAAAGAGCCGCCUGCAGCUGCUGGGGGCCACCUGCAUGUUCGUGGCCUCGAAGAUGAAGGAGACCAUCCCCCUGACGGCGGAGAAGUUGUGCAUCUACACCGACAACUCCAUCCAGCCCGAAGAGCUGCUGCACACCGAGCUGCUGCUGGUGAACAAGCUCAAGUGGAACCUGGCGGCCAUGACCCCUCACGACUUCAUCGAACACUUCCUCUCCAAAAUGCCCGUGGCCGAGGUGCACAAGCAGGUCAUCCGCAAACACGCGCAGACCUUCGUCGCCCUCUGUGCCACAGACGUGAAGUUCAUUUCCAACCCUCCCUCCAUGGUGGCCGCAGGGAGUGUGGUGGCCGCGGUGCAAGGCCUUCAUCUGGGGAGCUCCAACAGCGUCCUGUCCUACCACCGCCUCACCCGGUUCCUCUCCAAAGUGAUCAAGUGCGACCCCGACUGCCUCCGGGCCUGCCAGGAGCAGAUCGAGGCCCUGCUGGAGUCCAGCCUGCGCCAGGCCCAGCAGAGCCUGGACCUCAAGGUGGUGGAAGAGGAGGAGGUGCUGGAGGAGGAGGCAGACCUGGCCUGCACGCCCACUGACGUGCGCGACGUGAACAUCUGAGGGCGCAGGCGGCGAGGGAGGGGCUGGCCCCAGGUGCUCCCCUGACAGACCCGCUCCCCCAGGACGGGCCUCGGCAGGAGGGAAACGCUCCCUCUCCUUCUUUGGUUUUUUCCUUUGUUCUCCCUUCCGUCUCUGACUUCAUAAGCAAGGGGGGGGGGAAGUACCUAAAACUCUUUAAAAAAAAAAAAAAAUCAGAAAAAAAAUAGUAUUUUGUAUAACCCCAAGCUGGAGGGUGGGGGGAGGACCUGGUAGCCCAUAAUCGACUAGUUAUCCAGGAACGUGUUUGUGUCUGCAUUUAAGGAUAGGCAUUAACACGGGGAGCGCGUCUGCGGGGGGCUUAGGGUUGAUUCUUUGUGUUUAAGGCAAAAAAAAACAAAAAAACUUAAAAACGUUCUAAAAAAAAGAAACUCGAACCAUUUUACAGUAGAAGAGAGUUUAGGUAGACAACGUAUUCUUGCGCUUCCCUACGGGGCGCAGCUUCGAGGCGGCCGUAGGCACCUGUAUCCCGCUUGCUCAUGCAUGUAGUCACUUUAUAAGUCACCUGUGUGCGCGUUGUAUCCCGUAGGUAGGCGUGUAACCUUCACCUUGUCCACGGCCGUGUAACCUGCCGGGUGGGGGCGUGCAGCUGAGCAUCCGCACCGCUAGCCCUUCCUGCCCGCCGGCCGGCCCGGGGCCCACCUGUGCUCUUCACGAGGGGCCGCAGUAGCAACGUCACAGAUUCUAUUUUUGUAAUCCUCGUAUUUUUGUAGCUGCCCGUUUAGGAGACGCCGCCAGCCACCGGACCUGCCGCCCGCUCACGUCCGGGUGAAACCCACAGCUCGCCUGUCCGUCUCCUUCUCGAUGUUCUAGAACCAUUCCAUUUCAAAGCACUUUCGGUCCAGCAGCCCUCGGGGAGGUCUCUUGCUUGCGCUGGGGAGGGGGGGGUCCUCGUGGAAUGGUUUGGGACGCCCACGUGCUCGGGCAGACAGGAUCGCAAGGCCAGUGCAAGUCGCCGCAGUGUUCGAGGGGGUAGUUUGGAAGUCGGGGCUCCGGUCAAGGAGGAAGGGUCGCUCUCGCGGCGCCGGGACGGCGCCCCUUCCCCCGCAGAGAGGUUCAGGCUUAGGAAUCCUUCGGUGCCCACCGGCGUUUGAAAGUAGGGGCCUUAAAGGUUCGCCUAGAGGACGCGUAGCUUAAGGGUUAGGGAGGUUUUUAAACACUAAAAUGUAUAAUUUAUAGUUGAGGCUAAAAGGAAUAUUUAUUGCAGAGGAUGCUCGUAAGGCCAGUAGGAUGUGUGACGCGAUGCACUCUCCCGAUUCGCGCACCGCCCUCCGGCGGCAGGCUUAGCGCCGCCUGGAGAAGUCAGGUCCUUCCGCAGAAGGAAAAAUCCCCGGAAAAACAGACACACGGAUUCGGCCUGAAUGGUGUUUCCCAACGUGAUCGAUCGGAGAGGCCUCGGUUCCAGGAAAGUUAGGGCGCUCGAAUCAAGCUGUUCCCGCAUGCUCUCAUCCCCGGCUCCCCUUUUUUAAAAAAUGUUAGCGACCAGUAGAUGACUUGCACACCUUGGCUAUGGACCUCUGUGUGAUGCUAAGUAGGGAGUGUGGAGGGGUGGCCAGAGUGCCCAGGCUGGUGCUGGGAUGGAGUGAGGAGGAAGUGGGGGGAGGCAGGCGGGACCCCGAGGGACAGGCUGUGCGGCUCCGUUUCUCAUUCGCUGCUACCGAUGACUUUCCAGCCCGGUCUGGAGACACUCACAUCGCUUCUCUGUUUCUCUCACAUUGUGUUGCUGCUAUUUGGAGGAUCAGUCUUUCUGUUUUACGAUGUCAUGUACUGCCAUGUUCUAGUUUUAAUUUUCUCAUAGAAAAAAAAAUGUAUUACGGAUGCCUUUUUUUUGGUAGUUUUUUUUUUUCUUUUUUAUGUGAUCAAUUUUGACUUAAUGUGAUUACUGCUCUAUUCCAAAAAGGUUCCCGUUCCACGAUACCUCAUGUUUCACUAAGCGACGUGCGGACCAGAGGCCAGGUGGGGCCGGGCGCCGGGCUGCGGGCGGGCGGCGGCCCGGCGACUCUGAGGACCAGCCCGUGUCCGGGUCCCUCCCCUGCGCCCACUGUGCUGGGCUCUCCACCUGCCCUGGCGACCAUCCCGGUAGUUUUUACGGCUGUGUUGUUUGCGUAUAGCUAUGAAACUUGCAUUAUUAUAUUAUUAUUGUAACAAGUGCGUCUUGAUGUGCCGCUGAGGUGCUGUGCCCUGGACUGGGUCACCGGCCUCUGGAGUCCCUAAGGUCCAGGGGUGUUGGAUCUGUUAUGAUGUCCUAGUGUCCUCUGUUCUGUCCACGACUGACCGCGUGAUGCUCAUGUAAAGAGGCUACAGAUGUCACCGAAGCCGCCUGUGGUGCCAGGUGCCCACAUCGCCCAGCAUGCUGCCGAACCAAAAGGACUUGCCCCCUGGCGGCCCUGCCCAGUGGGCGGCUGGCAUGCCCAGGCCGCGCCCACAGGAGCCCUGCUCCAUUUACCUCAACUGUCCUGGCUGCAGCACCCAUGUCUGAACCAAACCUGGUCCUUGAGGGACAGCCUGUCCUAGGCCUGUCCUGCGGGGUGAGCGCUGUGUACUCUGAGGCCAGGGCAGGGUGGGAGCACGGCGGGGCCUGUCCCGUGACCAGCAAGUCUGUGAGGGUCUGGUGAGUGGGUCUUGUGUGUUUUGGGUGGCACACCGCGGCGUCUCCCAGCGUGGACAUAUAACCGGCACGUUUCCAGCGGAAAACAGUCUAGAAAUAAAGUUGAUAAAACCCCA